AUGUAUUAUGAUCUUAAACUGAUCUAUUGGUUGGAUGGCAUCAAGAAGGACAUUGUAGAUUAUGUGGCCAAGUGUCCUAAUUGUCAACAUGUUAAGGCAGAACAUGUUAAGCCUGGCAGUCGUAGUCAUAUAAUUGAUAUUACAACAUAUAAAUGGGAAGCCAUUAAUAUGGACUUCGUGGUUGGUAUUCCGAAGACUUUGAGGAAUCAUGACUUCAUAUGGAUUACUGUGGACAAGAUGACUAUGUCUUCCAACUUUAUCCCUGUGAACUCUACUUAUAGAGCUGAGGAUUAUCUGAAACCCUACAUUGAUGAUAUUGUGAAGCUUAGUACUGCCUUUUAUACUCAAAUUGAUGGGCAGGCAGUGCGCACCAUUCAGACAUUAGAGAACAUUCUAAGGGUCUGUAUGUUUGAAUUCAAGGGUAUUUGGGAUGACCAGCUGCUUUUGAUAGAGUUCUCAUAUAAUAAUAUUUAUCACUCAAGCAUGAGGAUGACAUCGUUUAAAGCACUGUAUGGUACAAGGUGUAGCGCUCCACUUGGGUGCUUCACGGUUGGAGAUUCAUCCAUUUUUGGUCCAGAUAUAAUCCUUGAGGAGUUAGAGAAGGUCAGGGGGGUGAUGAGGUUUGGCAGUACGUGGAAGUUGAAUGCGAGGUAUAUUGGGACAUAUGAGAUCCUACAGCGUGUGGGAGAGGUCGCCUAUGAGUUUGCAUUUCCUACAAAACUUUCUUCUGUUAAUCCAGUCUUUCAUCUCGGUAUGUUAAAGAAGAGCCUAGUUGAUCCAUCAUCUAUUCUACCUGUUGAAGGUUUGGGGGUUGAUAAAAAAAUUUCCUAUGAGGACGUACCUGUUGAGAUUUUGGAUAGACAAGUCAAGGGGCUAAGGAACAGGGGGAUUGCCACAGUGAAGGUCGUGAGGAAUAAUGAACACUUGAGAAAUGCGGCACAAAGACUUGAAGAGGAAAUUGCCAAUGCACGAGCUCCUCCCCAUGGUGAUCCAGUUCCUCCACUUGAAGAAGAUGCUAAUAUUGAACAAGCUCCGGUCAAUCAUCCUCCUUUAAUGGAUCAGAAUAUGAGGGCUGUUAUUCUUCAAGUGUCCCAAGCUAUGACUACUCAAGAAUAA